AUGCAUGCACUCCAGCAAGGCUCUCUGGGUGGCUAUCGCUUUCAGAUGGAAGGAACAGGCGAUAACACUACGGAUGGUACCCCUCAGGAUGUCGACGGUGAUAAUGGUGAUACCUUCCAAUGGACUCCAGUUGCGGUUGUUCAGUCGGUGGCAGUUUUCUGCGCCGCUGGCGUCUGCGAGAUUCUUGGGGGAUGGCUGGUUUGGGUCGCUGUUCGAGGCCAAGGAGGCAAAGGCAAUCGAAAGCCGUGGUGGUAUGCCGUCUUGGGAAGCCUUCUUUUGAUCACCUAUGGAUUUGUCCCCUGCCUACAACCGACGGAUAGUUUCGGGAGAAUCUAUGCUGCUUAUGGCGGUUUCUUUAUUGUGCUCUCUUUCCUCUUUGGGUGGGCGUUGGACGGAGACAGACCUGAUCUUGGUGACAUUGUGGGUGGAAUCAUCAGCUUGGUCGGUGUUUGUGUGAUUAUGUUUUGGCCAAGAGCUUGA